UAGUAACGUUACGAUAACCAAAGGCUCCGCCCAUCUUAUUUUUCAAAAUUUCAAAUCGCAGGCUCCUCUUUCAAAACUCUCCUGGGUUCUUGUAUUUCAAUCAGAGGUUUCUUGAUUGUGGAAGAUGCCGCUUCGUAACCAGAAUCGCAGUCCAAACGCCAGGAAGGAACCUCUCUCCAGCAUACCCAGGCGAAGGAAAGCGGAGACGCAAGGUGGUGUAAGAAGACAAGUGCUUUCGUCAGUGAACAGACAAGAAGAUGUUGUUACUACUGCAAACAGCGAUGAGUGUAGCAGUAAAGUCGAUUUCACAAAAGAUGAAGUCUUGGCUUUGCUUAACGAGAGAUCAAAAGCUGGCAAGUUUGAUACUAAGGGAAAGAUUGAGCAGAUGACUGAUAUUAUCAGAAGACUUAAGGUCUGUGUUAGAUGGUUCCAACAAGGGGAUGAAACCCAUGUCCAGGAGAAGGAAGAUCUUCGUUCUUGUCUUGAAUCUGCAGAGAGAAGAUGCAGUGAUAAAGAGUCGGAUGCAAAGAGCAAAGAGGAAGAGCUGCAAGCAACCAUAACAGAGAUGAAACAGAACAUAGUGUCACUACAGGAGAAGUUCUCAAAGGAGGAACUGAGUAAACUGGAUGCAAUUCUAAAUCACACCAGAGAGAAGGAAAGCAGAGUUGCAGCUGAGAAUCUUAGGGAUUCUCUCCGAGUAGAGCUUGACAAAGCGAAAGAAGAGAUAACGGCUGGCAAGCAUAAGGAGACGACCCUUAAAGAUAUUAACACAAGACUGCAAGAGUACAACACAAGUUUGCAGCAAUAUAACACCAAACUCCAGACUGAUAUUGAACUAGUUCGAGAGGCACACACUCGUGCUGAAAAGGAAAAGUCGAGUAUACUGGAGAACCUGACUACACUUAGGGGUCACAGUAAAUCAUUGCAAGAUCAACUAGCAUCCAGCCGAGUUUCACAAGAUGAAGCAGUAAAACGUAAAGAGUCACUGCUGAUGGAAGUCAAGAAUCUUCGAAGUGAGCUGCAACAAGUACGGGAUGAUCGUGAUCGCCAGCUUGCACAGUCACAAAAGCUGGCUGAUGAGAUCCUUAAGUACAAGGAGAGUGUUGGGAAGUCAUCUCAUGAAUUGGACAUUUUGAUAGCAAAAUCAGGAUCUUUGGAGGAAACAUGUGCGUUGCAAAAAGAGCGUAUAAAAAUGUUGGAGCAGGAAAUAGCUUUUGCUAAGGAAAAGCUAAAGAUGGUAGAUGCAUCUAUGUCUCUUACUAUGACAGAAUAUGAGGAGCAAAAGCAAUGUAUGCGUGAGCUGCAAGACCGCCUUGCAGACACCGAACAUCAACUUUUUGAAGGAGAGGUGUUACGGAAGAAGCUUCAUAACACCAUUCUUGAACUGAAAGGAAACAUACGCGUGUUUUGCCGUGUGCGUCCCUUGUUACCAGAUGAUGGAGGAGGACGCCAAGAGGCCAGCGUUAUUGCUUACCCAACAUCAUCUGAGUCUCUGGGGAGAGGCAUUGAUGUGGUUCAAAGUGGUAAUAAACAUCCUUUCACCUUUGACAAAGUCUUUGACCACGGAGCUUCUCAGGAGGAAGUAUUCUUUGAGAUAUCUCAACUUGUUCAAAGCGCAUUGGAUGGCUAUAAGGUCUGUAUAUUUGCGUACGGCCAAACAGGUUCUGGUAAAACCUACACCAUGAUGGGGAGACCCGAAACGACAGAACAGAAAGGAUUGAUCCCUCGAUCACUUGAACAAAUAUUCAAAACGAGUCAGUCUCUUAGUGCACAAGGCUGGAGAUACAAGAUGCAGGUCUCAAUGUUGGAGAUCUACAAUGAGUCCAUUAGGGACUUGCUUACUACGAACCGAACAAUUGCUAUAGAGGCUGUACGAGCAGAUAGUAGUACUUGCGGAAGACAGUAUGCAAUCACACAUGACGUGAAUGGGAACACUCACGUUAGUGACCUGACAAUUAUAGAUGUAUGCAGCAUUGAACAAAUCUCCUCACUCUUGCAGCAGGCUGCUCAAAGCAGGUCUGUUGGUAAGACUCACAUGAAUGAGCAGUCAUCAAGGAGUCACUUUGUGUUUACUCUUCGAAUUUCUGGUGUGAAUGAGAGCACUGAACAGCAAGUACAAGGUGUUCUUAAUCUAAUAGAUCUUGCUGGAAGUGAGCGACUCUCAAAGAGCGGAGCAACAGGAGAACGGUUGAAGGAGACACAGGCAAUAAACAAAAGCUUGUCUGCUCUGAGUGAUGUUAUAUUUGCACUGGCAAAGAAAGAGGAUCAUGUUCCUUUCAGAAACUCCAAGUUGACGUAUCUGCUACAGCCAUGUUUAGGAGGGGACUCAAAAACUUUGAUGUUUGUCAACAUAUCACCGGAUCCAUCUUCUACAGGAGAGUCUCUUUGCUCUCUUCGGUUUGCCGCUAGAGUCAACGCAUGCGAGAUUGGAAUACCUAGAAGACAAACUUCCUCGAAACUUAUUGACAAUCGCCUAAGUUACGGUUAAAGACUGGUUGUUUUAGAGGUUUGUAACAUCUGAUUGUGGUUUUGACAUAGUUUCUUGAUGAUGAUGUAUGAAGCCCUUGAG